AUGAGUGGCGUCAGGACCGCAACUCCGAGUCGCCGUUGUCGACGCGAGGAGGUCGAAGUGGAGGAGCCGCUUUAUGCGAUGGGGAGAACACAGGCGUACCUACUUUCGCUAGUAGCGCCCAGACGUGAGAUCAUUCUCAUCAAACCAUAUAACCAAAUGGUUGAAGAAAAACUUCUUGCGGAUAUUCGAAGAUCCUCGAAACGAGAGCAAAAAAUUGGACCACACCAAAAAAUAUAA